AGCUUUUAACAAUGCAGGAGAAGGUGUGCCUCUUUAUGAAAGUGCCACAACUAGAUCUAUAACAGAUCCCACUGACCCAGUUGAUUAUUAUCCUUUGCUUGAUGAUUUCCCCACCUCGGUCCCAGAUAUCUCCACCCCCAUGCUCCCACCAGUAGGUGUACAGGCCGUGGCUGUUACUCACGAUGCCGUGAGGGUCAGCUGGGCAGACAACUCUGUCCCUAAGAACCAAAAAACGUCCGAGGUGAGACUUUACACUGUGCGGUGGAGGACCAGCUUUUCUGCGAGUGCAAAAUACAAGUCAGAAGACACAACAUCUCUAAGUUACACAGCAACAGGCCUCAAACCAAACACAAUGUAUGAGUUCUCGGUCAUGGUAACAAAAAAUAGAAGGUCAAGCACAUGGAGCAUGACUGCACAUGCCACCACAUAUGAAGCAGCCCCAACCUCUGCUCCCAAAGAUCUGACAGUCAUUACUCGAGAAGGGAAGCCUCGUGCUGUCAUAGUGAGCUGGCAGCCUCCCUUGGAAGCCAAUGGGAAAAUCACUG